AGUUCAACCUUUGUGUUAGUUGGUUUACUUUGUUUGGAUCGGUGUCUCACAUUCUUAAUUUCUAAUAUUCUCUUAAUCUCAUUUCACUCUCUUUUCUCUCUCUCAAAAGUUCCCUUCAUAUCAUAUACUAUAAUAAUAUAAUCUUCAUAAGUUCGGACCUUUUUGCCUUCAAUUAUUUAUAUCAUAUCGGGAAGAAGGUCAAAGUUUGAUCUGUUGAACUUUCAAGCAAAAAUCAGUUUCUAAUUUUGAAGCCGCUUGAGUAGGGUGGAUGAUGGCUACCGCGGGAAUCUCGUCUUCCGAGUGCCGCAAGCUCUCCCCGAGUGUUACUAUGGCCUUGGCAUCGGCUUUUCUUGAAUGGUUGCUGAUCUUUUUACUGUUUAUUGAUGCUGCUUUUUCUUAUGUGAUUACAAAGUUUGCUGGUUACUGCAAAUUGCAAACACCGUGUUUGUUCUGCUCUAGGCUUGAUCACGUGUUAGGCAAGGAGAGGAAGGGAUAUUAUUGGGACUUGAUUUGCAGUGGUCAUAAGACGGAGAUUUCUUCUGUAGUUCUUUGUCGUGCACAUGAUAAGCUUGUGAAUGUUCAAGGAAUGUGUGAAAGUUGCCUUUUUUCUUUCGCUACCGUCAACAAAUCUAAUGCUGAAACCUACCGAUUAUUGGUGGGUAAAUUAGGGGAGGGAUCCGAGUCCAGAUUUGAUCAGGAUCCAUUACUUGGUGAAAAUGAGAGUGUAGAAUUCUGUUCUUGUUGUAAUGAGCAGUGGUCUUUAAAAAGUUAUGAUCGAAGGUCGGUGAUUACCAAAUCAAUUGGGUCUGGCGGUGUUGAGUUUGAUGUAUCAAAUGUUGUGGGAAACAAUUUUCACAAGAAAAGAAGAGCAAAAUCAUUUGUAUCUAGCAGAGGUUCUCGCCUUAGAAAUAAACGGGCAGAUCCUUUGUCUCAUGUCGGUUACACUGAACUAAAGGUUACUUCUGAUACCGAGUCUGAACAGGAACUUUCCUUAUCUGAUGAUGGUGGUACAAGCAUACCAGUCAGGGGUACAUAUGACUCCAAGAAAGAUAUAGAAGUUCCAUGUGAACAUAUGGAGCCUCCCGUCUUUGAUUUAAAUGAGAAUUUGGCUUCAGAGAAACUCGGGACUUCCUCUUCUGAACUUCAACCAGCAUUAUCUGAGCCAGGAAUGCAAUUAGAAAAUAAAGAUACUCAUGGCAGUAAAUCUACAACAGCAAUACUGGAGAUUAGGAAUGGUCUGGCCGAAUUUGAUUCUCAGCAGCAGAUUGAGAGAAAUGCUGUCAGUCCUGCCGCAGUUGAGCCUAUUUCCUGUGAUGAAGUCCCUGCAUUAUCAAAUAAAACACGAGUUCCCGUUGAACUGGUGAAGGAAAACUAUGAUUUGACAACCCAUGAAGUGAGUUUAAAAUCUAAGCAAACGAUAACCACGGACUAUGAGGAAAUAAUUGAGUCAGUUGAUAAGCCAACAACAUCUGAAGCAGGUUUAGAAUCAACUGCCUUUUCUAAUGAUAUUGGUCAGCAAAAUCCCAAUUUACUAGAUCUUGGCGAUGCCUAUAAGCUAGCAGUCAGUAACAGAGGAAGACCUGGCAUGCUUGUAGAACAUUGGCUUGGAAAGGAUUCUACAAGAAUUAGUGAAGAUUUGAAGAUGUUGCUGUCACAAUUUCCAUCUACUCGAGGGACUGAUCUAUCUGUUAAUGACAUCAUCAGUCCAAGAUUGUCUAUGAACAGUGAUGAAGUGAAGAAUUCUGAUGUUUCUAACUCUGCUGGAAUGCAGAUACUUCAAAGGAUGAUUUCACUUGAGCGAAAUGAAUCUGGGUUGUCUCUGGAUGGAAGCAUUGUCAGUGAAAUUGAAGGUGAAAGUGCAGUUGACAGGCUAAAAAGACAAGUUGAUCAUGAUAGGAAACUUAUGAAUGCUCUGUAUAAAGAGCUGGAAGAAGAAAGAAAUGCUUCAGCAGUUGCUGCAAAUCAAGCCUUAGCCAUGAUAACUAGGCUGCAGGAAGAAAAGGCAAUGUUGCACAUGGAAGCCUUGCAGUACUUAAGAAUGAUGGAUGAGCAGUCAGAGUAUGAAACAGAAGCUUUGCAGAAAGCUAAUGACCUUUUAGUUGAGAAGGAGAAAGAGAUUGAAGAGUUACAAGCUAAGCUUGAGUUUUAUAGUAAGAAGUUCCCUGAUGAAUUAAUGCCGGAAAACAUGGUGGAGAUAAACUCUGAAAUGAAGGUGAAAGAGAUUGGAUUGGAUCAUUGCAUUGAAAAGGAUGAAAUUAUCCAUGGAAAGUCAGUUACUGAAAAUACUGAUAUAUCUGACAAAGUUGAAGUUCUACCCAUAUUGCUGGAGAAACAGAAUAUUCAACCUGAAAAAAAUUCACCAUUGGAGUUUCAAGAUGAAAGGUUAUAUAUUUCACAACGUUUGGAGAAAUUGGAGAAGCAAGUUUACUUAUUCUUGAAUAUUCAUCAAUCUCGGGACAAUUGGAUAAAUUCAGAAAUUGAUGAAAAAGAAUCCCUGGAAAACUUGGAGAAGUUGGAUAGUAAUAUUCUAAUGGACAAAUCUGUUGCUUCACUUAAACUGAAUUCAAAUGACAAGGGUGAUGAUUCCUCAUCCAAGGAACCUCUAGUUUGCAAGAAAAGUGAUGAACUUGGGUACAAUGGACAUAGCCCUCCUGUGCUCUGUGGGAAUAAUGAUUUAUCUUCUAAUCAUAGUUUGGCUUCGGACUUUCUCGGAAGGUUGCAAGUUCUUGAGUCAGAUUUGAGUUUCCUUAAGCAUAGUAUCAACUUGUCGAGCAAUGGAGAAGAAGGACUUAAAUUAUUGCGGGAAAUAGCCGAUCACCUACAACAAUUACGUCAGAUUGGAAUAAGAGAAUUAGAUCAACCUGUUGCUUGAGACUGUAUAUAAGAUUCAUACACCAAUGAUUUGAUCGGCAACCAGGAGGAAGGGACAGUGUACACUAGUGAACCAGGUUACCAGAGCUGGUUGCAACUGUACAGUAACAUAGCUUGCUUUCAUCAGGAUAUAAGAAGAUAGGAUUUGAAAUAAUAUUGAGUUUCUUUUUCCCUUUUCUCCCCCUGCCUUUUAUUCGGGGUUUCGCUGAACGUUUUGCUGCAAUGAGUUGACAAGGUUUUCGUCUGCCCAUUUAUGCUGUCUUUUUACAACAAAAUUUUCCUUUGCCAUUUUUUCUUUGUAAAUGAGUGACUGCUUGUUUGUUUAAUUGGUGUAAUCUUGUCGUUUUGGAUUGUGUAGUUUGAAUAUAUAGUGAAUUAACACAUGUGAGAAUUUUAUA